AUUAAACAGGCUGAACCCUGGGUACUGCUGGAUAUCAUUUAUACUUAUCUUAUUCUCCUUCACUCUAGAACUCCAUCUCUAUUCAUUAACGAGUGGCUGGAUUAGAAAGCUGUCACCAUGAGUAGCGAUGCAGAGAUGGCGGUCUAUGGUGUGGCUGCACCGUUCCUCAGAAAGCCAGAAAAGGAAAGGAUUGAGUCCCAGAAUCAGCCAUUUGAUGCCAAAACAUACUGCUUUGUCACUGACCCCACCAUUGAUUACAUCAAGGGGAAGAUUAAGAGCACAGACGGUGGAAAGGCUACAGUUGACACGGAAGAUAACAGGACCGUCACUGUGAAGCCUGAAAAUGUUUUCCCUAUGAACCCUCCCAAGUUCGAUAAAAUUGAGGACAUGGCAAUGUUAACUCACCUUCAUGAACCAGCUGUCUUGUAUAACCUCAAGGACCGUUACAAAGCUUGGAUGAUUUAUACAUAUUCUGGUCUGUUCUGUGUCACUGUGAAUCCCUACAAGUGGCUGCCAGUGUACAACCCCGAGGUCGUCAAUGCCUACAGAGGAAAGAAGCGCCAAGAGGCCCCACCACACAUCUUCUCCAUCUCUGACAACGCCUAUCAGUUCAUGUUAACUGAUCGCGAGAACCAGUCUAUUCUGAUCACCGGAGAAUCCGGAGCAGGGAAGACUGUGAACACCAAACGUGUCAUCCAGUACUUUGCAACAAUUGCAGCUGCGGGUGACAUGAAGAAAAAGGAAUCCAGCAGUAUGAUGAAGGGCACCCUGGAAGAUCAAAUCAUCCAGGCUAACCCUCUUCUUGAGGCCUUUGGGAAUGCCAAAACCAUCAGGAAUGAUAAUUCAUCCCGUUUUGGCAAAUUUAUUCGCAUCCAUUUUGGUACUACGGGGAAAUUGGCAUCUGCAGAUAUUGAAACAUAUCUGCUGGAGAAGUCUAGAGUCACUUUCCAACUCAAAGCAGAAAGAAGUUACCACAUCUUCUACCAGAUCAUGUCAAACAAGAAGCCAGAGUUAAUUGAUAUGUUGUUGAUAACAACGAAUCCAUAUGAUUUUCCAUACAUCAGUCAGGGUGAGAUCUCAGUGGCCAGCAUCGACGACACAGAAGAAUUAAUGGCCACAGAUAGUGCCAUUGAUAUCCUGGGCUUUACUCCUGAGGAGAAGAUUGGGAUUUACAAGCUAACUGGAGCAGUAAUGCAUUACGGAGUUAUGAAAUUCAAGCAAAGGCCACGAGAAGAACAAGCUGAGCCAGAUGGCACUGAGGUGGCUGAUAAAACAGCGUACCUGACUGGACUGAAUUCUGCAGACUUGCUGAAAGCUCUCUGCAGUCCCAGGGUGAAAGUGGGGAAUGAAUAUGUCACAAAAGGGCAAACUGUAGAACAGGUUCACCAUAACGUCAAUGCCCUCAGUAAGUCUGUGUAUGAGAAGCUAUUCUUGUGGAUGGUAACUCGCAUAAACCAGCAGCUGGAUACCAAGCUGCCCAGGCAGCAUUUCAUCGGUGUCCUUGAUAUAGCCGGCUUCGAGAUAUUUGAGAUCAACAGCUUGGAACAACUUUGCAUCAAUUUCACCAAUGAGAAACUGCAACAGUUCUUCAACCAUCACAUGUUUGUGCUUGAGCAAGAGGAGUAUAAGAAGGAAGGAAUUGAGUGGACAUUCAUUGACUUCGGCAUGGACCUGGCUGCCUGCAUUGAGCUUAUUGAGAAGCCAAUGGGCAUCUUCUCCAUCCUUGAAGAGGAGUGCAUGUUCCCCAAGGCAACUGACAUCUCUUUCAAGAACAAGCUGUAUGACCAACAUCUUGGAAAGUCCGGCAACUUCAUGAAACCCAAGCCUGUCAAAGGCAAACCUGAGGCCCAUUUCUCUCUGGUCCACUAUGCUGGCACAGUGGAUUAUAACAUCAGUGGCUGGCUUGAGAAAAACAAGGACCCAUUGAAUGAAACUGUGGUGGGGCUUUACCAGAAGUCCUCCAUGAAAAUCCUGGCCAAUCUCUAUGCCACAUACUCUGGGACAGAUGGAGCUGAAACCACGAAAAAGCAAACAAAGAAGAAGGGGUCUUCAUUUCAGACAGUGUCUGCACUUUUCAGAGAGAACCUCAACAAACUGAUGUCCAACCUGAGGUCCACUCACCCCCAUUUUGUGAGGUGCAUCAUUCCCAAUGAGACAAAGACCCCAGGUGAUAUGGAUCAUCAUCUCGUACUGCAUCAGCUGAGGUGUAACGGAGUACUGGAGGGAAUCAGGAUCUGCAGAAAGGGAUUUCCAAACAGAAUCUUGUAUGGGGACUUCAAACAAAGAUAUCGUAUCCUGAAUGCCAGCGCUAUUCCUGAGGGACAGUUCAUAGACAGUAAGAAAGCCUGUGAGAAACUCCUGGGCUCCAUCGACAUUGAUCACACCCAAUAUAAAUUCGGACACACUAAGGUGUUUUUCAAAGCUGGUCUUUUGGGAACUCUGGAGGAGAUGCGAGAUGAACGCCUGACCCUGAUUAUCACCCGCACACAGGCUGUAUGUAGGGGCUUCUUGAUGAGAGUGGAAUUCAAGAAAAUGAUGGACCGGAGGGAGGCAAUUUUCAGCAUACAGUACAACAUCCGCGCAUUCAUGAACGUCAAACACUGGCCAUGGAUGAAGCUGUACUUUAAGAUUAAGCCUUUGCUUAGAAGCGCGGAAACAGAAAAGGAGAUGGCUGCUAUGAAAGAAGAAUUUGCCAAAACCAAGGAAAAUCUGGCAAAGUCAGAGGCAAAGAGGAAGGAGCUGGAAGAAAAGAUGGUAAAGCUUCUACAGGAGAAGAAUGAUCUACAUCUACAAGUUCAGUCUGAAACAGAGAACUUAGCAGAUGCAGAGGAAAGAUGUGAUCAAUUGAUCAAAAGUAAGAUACAGCUGGAGGCUAAGAUCAAGGAGUUAAGUGAGAGGCUGGAGGAUGAGGAAGAGUCAAAUGCUGAGCUGACCGCCAAGAAGAGGAAACUGGAGGAUGAGUGUUCAGAGCUCAAGAAGGACAUUGAUGACCUUGAGUUGACAUUGGCUAAGGUUGAGAAGGAGAGACAUGCCACAGAAAACAAGGUUAAAAACCUCACUGAAGAAAUGGCUGGUCUGGAUGAAAUCAUUGUCAAGCUGACCAAAGAGAAGAAAGCUCUUCAAGAGGCUCAUCAACAGACACUGGAUGACCUCCAGGCUGAGGAGGACAAAGUCAAUACCUUGACCAAACUGAAAAUCAAGCUGGAACAGCAAAUAGAUGAUCUACAAGGCUCACUGGAGCAAGAGAAAAAACUGCGUAUUGAUAAUGAGAGGGCGAAGAGGAAACUUGAGGGGGACCUGAAGCUUGCACAGGACUCCAUCAUGGAUUUAGAGAAUGACAAACAGCAGCUGGAUGAGAGAAUUAAAAAGAAAGAUUUUGAGAUGAGUCAACUGCUUGGCAAAAUAGAAGAUGAGCAACUUAUGGGGGGUCAGCUGCAAAAGAAAAUUAAGGAGCUUCAGGCUCGUAUUGAGGAGUUAGAAGAAGAGAUUGAAUCAGAGAGGGCGAACAGAGCGAAGGCUGAGAAGCAGAGGUCUGAACUGUCCCGAGAACUAGAAGAGAUCAGUGAGAGGCUGGAGGAGGCUGGUGGUGCAACCGUAAGUCAGAUUGAGCUCAACAAGAAGAGAGAAAUGGAGUUCCAGAAGAUGCGUAGGGACCUGGAAGAGACAUCUCUUCAACAUGAAGCCACAGUGGCCACUCUUCGCAAGAAGCAUGCGGACAGCUCUGCUGAGUAUGGGGAACAGAUUGACAACUUGCAAAGGGUGAAACAAAAACUUGAAAAGGAGAAGAGUGAGAUGAGGAUGGAAAUUGAUGACAUCAACAGUAAUCUGGAAAGCGUAACAAAGUCCAAGAUUAAUUUAGAAAAGAUCUGCCGUACACUAGAAGACCAGUUAAGUGAGCUCAAGUCCAAGACAGAGGAGAACCAGAGGAAUGUGGCUGAUCUCACUAUGCAUAAAGCCCGUCUCCAGACUGAAUCCGGAGAAUUGUCUCGACAGCUAGAAGAAAGAGACUCUCUGGUAUCACAACUGGCUAGAUCCAAACAGGCAUUCACGCAGCAAAUUGAAGAGCUGAAGAGACUGAUGGAGGAAGAAGUCAAGGCUAAGAAUGCAUUAGCUCACAGCUUGCAAUCAUCCCGCCAUGACUGCGACCUUAUAAGAGAACAAUAUGAAGAAGAGCAGGAGGCUAAGUCUGAGUUGCAGAGAGCUUUGUCCAAGGCAAAUGCUGAUGUGGCUCAGUGGAGAAUAAAAUAUGAGACGGAUGCAAUCCAGCGCACAGAGGAACUGGAAGAUGCCAAAAAAAAGUUGGCUCAACGCCUUCAGGAAGCAGAAGAACAAAUUGAAACAGUGAACUCCAAGUGUGCAUCUCUGGAGAAGACUAAGCAAAGGCUGCAGGCAGAGGUGGAAGACUUGAUGAUCGAUGUGGAAAGGGCCAACUCUGCUGCAGCUGCUCUUGACAAGAAACAGAGGAACUUUGACAAGAUCCUGGCUGAGUGGAAACAGAAAUACGAGGAAACUCAGGCUGAACUUGAGACUUCUCUGAAAGAGUCAAGGUCUUUGAGUACAGAGCUCUUCAAAAUGAAGAAUGCCUAUGAGGAAAGCCUAGACCAACUAGAGACGAUUAAGAGGGAAAACAAGAAUCUGCAACAGGAGAUUACGGACCUGACAGACCAAGUGGCUACAAGCAGUAAGACCAUUCACGAGCUGGAAAAAGCUAAGAAAGUGGUUGAAAUGGAGAAGAGUGAAAUGCAAGCUUCUCUUGAAGAGGCAGAGGCUGCUCUUGAGCAUGAGGAGUCUAGGAUUCUUCACAUCCAGCUUGAACUGACCCAAGUGAAGGCUGACAUUGAACGGAAGGUAGCAGAGAAAGAUGAGGAGAUUGACCAGCUGAAGAGGAAUUACCAGAGGACAGUGGAGACCAUGCAGACAGCCCUUGACUCUGAGAUAAGAAGCAGGAAUGAAGCUAUCAGAAUUAAGAAGAAGAUGGAAGGUGACCUGAAUGAAAUGGAGAUACAGCUCAGUCAUGCAAACCGCAUUGCUGCAGAAGCUCAAAAACACUUACGGAAUAUUCAAGGCCAACUUAAGGACACUCAAAUCCAUCUGGAUGAUGCUCUCCGUGGGCAAGAAGACCUGAAAGAGCAGCUUGCCAUUGUUGAGCGUAGAAACAAUCUGAUGGCAGCUGAAAUCGAAGAGCUGAGAGCUGCCCUUGAGCAAACUGAAAGGGCCAGAAAGGUGGCAGAACAAGAGCUUCUGGAUGCCAUGGAACGUGUCCAGCUCCUGCACUCACAGAACACAAGUCUUAUUAACACCAAGAAGAAGCUUGAGAGUGAUGUGGCACAGCUACAAGGGGAGAUUGAAGACACCACUAGAGAGGCCAAGAAUGCAGACGAGAAAGCAAAGAAAGCUAUUACUGAUGCAGCGAUGAUGGCUGAGGAACUGAAGAAGGAGCAAGAUACCAGCGCUCACCUAGAGAGGAUGAAGAAAAACCUGGACCAGACAGUGAAGGACCUUCAGCUUCGAUUGGAAGAAGCUGAACAGCUGGCACUUAAAGGAGGCAAGAAGCAGCUCCAGAAACUGGAGGCCAGAGUAAGAGAGCUGGAGACUGAGUUGGAUAUGGAACAGAAGAGAAGUGCGGACGUUGUUAAAGGGAUUCGGAAAUAUGAGAGACGUGUGAAGGAGCUCACGUUUCAGGCUGAGGAAGACAGGAAGAAUAAUUUGAGACUCCAAGACCUGGUUGACAAACUUCAAGUCAAAGUUAAAUCCUACAAGAGGCAGAGUGAGGAGGCGGAACAACAAACAAACACCCACUUGUCGAAGUGCCGUAGGUUCCAGCAUGACUUGGAGGAGGCUGAGGAACGGGCAGACAUUGCUGAGUCCCAAGUCAACAAGCUUAGACUGAAGACCCGUGAGACUAUCUCCUCAAAGGUGAUCCUGACAUCUUCUGAAGAGUGAACCAGAGAAGAUUGCAGUAAUCAGAUACAGUUAAUCUCCAUUCAUUUGUAAGGUUUUGUUCUGUUUAAUGGACCAACAUAAAUUAAUGUCAGUGACUUUUCAACCAGAGACUGCAAUCUGCAGCUUCCUUCAUGCACUACCACUUGCUAUAGGAUCACCAGCUGAAGGCAAUGCUGGCAGUAGUAGUCCAAAUGAGGCUUCACAAACCAAAGUGGGUCAAGUACUUGCAUCAUGUUAAUAGAUAUCUGUAAUAUUAGUAGCAACUAAUGGAGCUAGUAAUUGAAUAUGUGGGACUAUUAAAUAGUACUACAUGGUUGGAGGUUUAGAUGAUGCUACUGAUAAUUAAGAAAGGCUGGAAUGUGUUUCUAGUAACAGUGUAUUUAUGUAAUCUGCAUGUUCAACUUAUUUUCUCCUCACCUGAAAGCUAUCUGUAUUUGGACUGACAGAACACAGUCAACUAAUGCUGAGGCUGGUAGUUAGAAUUUAGAUUAAAAUACACCUCCUGUCUCCUUGCUGCUGUCACAUAGGACUUAUGUCUCCCACACAGUAUACAGACACAGAGAUUAGGUUAAAUAACAUUUAUUUAACCACAAAGCACUUUAUAUUUACACAGCAAUUAGUAACAACAUAACCUGUUAUUGAAUAGAUAAAAACUAUGAUAUGUUGGAAGUCUAAACAGUUGUUUCAGUCACUGCUCUUUAUUUAUUUGGUCCCAUUUCAGACUUCACCUACACUUCAAGCUGUAUUUACCUGUAGAAUUUAGCCAGUAUUUCCUAAUGGAAAUAAACAUGAUAUGCAAACGUUCAA